GGAAGCGCGAGCUGUAGCGCCAUGGCUGGCGGUAGCGGUGCCUCGGCGCGCUGUCGUCUGGUCUCGCGUCCCGGGAGUCCCGGGUCCGAGGUUCCCCCUGCGUCACUGACUAUUCGUCGCGCGGAAGCCCGUCCCGCGGGCGGAGGCGAAGGGGCGCGGCGCGCUGCCCAAGACCGGUGCUCAGGCGGCCUUCCUUCUGCAGCCUGGCAGCACCCAUUUCUCAACGUAUUCAGACACUUCAGGGUGGAUGAGUGGAAACGGUCCAGCAAAGAGGGAGAUGUGGCCAUGGUGACGGACAAGAUCCUGAAGAGCGCCGUGUAUCGCAUCCGUGGAUCGGUCUCUGCCAGCAACUACAUCCAGCUCCCUAGAACCAGCACCCAGUCUCUGGGGCUGACUGGGCGGUACUUGUAUGUGCUUUUCCGGCCCCUGCCUACCAAGCACUUUGUCAUUCACCUGGAUGUGUCCACCGAGGACGGCCAGGUCAUCCGUGUGUCUUUCUCCAACCUCUUUAAGGAGUUCAAGUCCUCUGCCACAUGGCUUCAGUUCCCCUUUGUCUUCGAGACUAAGACGCCCAGAAGAGGUGGAGACACCUGGUUCAGGAGGGACAUUGAAGGCCUAGGACGGGAUGACCUGGCAGGGGUAGCGCCUCCUAAUGCCCGCUGGACCUGCCUGCAGCUGGACCUGCGUGACAUUCUGAUGGUCUACCUGAGCCGACACUAUGGCCACCUUAAGAGCAUCAGGCUGUGUGCCAGCCUACUAGUCAGAAAUCUCUACACCAGUGAUGUGUGCUUUGACCCCGCUGUCACCGUCACUGAGGCCCGGCGUGCAAAGUUGCCUGUCAACCCUGUGCCUCGAGAAAUGGCCUUCCCAGUGCCCAAAGGAGAGAGUUGGCAUGACCAUUACAUCCACAUUCGGUUUCCAAGCGAUGGCUCAAAAGCGCCUUAUAAGCAGGUUGAGAAGAGCCGUUCCCCUCCACAGGCAGGGCGUGUGUCACGGUGCCUGCCUCAUCCAAAGGUCUUUGGCAAACCUUUACAGAGCAGUAGGUCCCCUGUGGUCCAGAUAUCUAGUCCCAUCUUGCCCUGCAAGGUCCCCUCAGUACCCAGACUCCUUCCAGAUGUCAGCCUGACCUACAAACAUCCAGAGGUCUCCAGUGUCACUGCCUCCAGCGUCCCUGGCCAACAUCCUUCCGCCUGGGACGAGACCACCGAUGCCCACGCGGUGGGCGGUGGCAAACAUGUGCUGGCCAACAAAUCAUCUGGGGUGCCCAUGGCCCUUGAGGACCUUGGCUCCUGUAAGCUCUUCCUCCCAGACCCAGUCCUGAGGCUCAAGGGAGUCAUCGGUUUUGGGGGUCACAGCACCCAAUGGGCCCUGUGGACCAAAGAUGGCAUGGCUGUUGUCUACCCCUGUCAUGCAGUCAUCAUCGUCCUACAGGUUGAUACUAGACAGCAGAGAUUUUUCCUUGGCCACACAGACAAGGUCUCUGCCCUGGCCCUUGAUGGGAAUGAUGCACUGCUAGCCUCAGCCCAAGUGCAGCCUCCCAGCAUGGUGCGUCUCUGGGACUUCCAGACUGGAGGAUGCCUGUCCCUCUUCCGCAGCCCGCUGCACACCAUCUGUUCCCUCAGCUUCUCUGGCAGUGGGGCGCUCCUCUGCGGUGUGGGCAAAGACAGACAUGGAAGGACGGUGGUAGUGGCCUGGGGCACAGACCAGGUGGGCCUUGGUGGUGAGGUAGCAGUCCUUGCGAAGGUGCAUACUGACUUUGAUAUUCAGACCUUCCGGAUUGCCUCUUUCGAUGAAACCAGGAUGGCCUCAUGUGGUCGGGGCAGUGUACGGCUGUGGCGACUGCGGGGUGGUGCUCUCCGUUCCUGUGCUGUGGACCUAGGAGAGUAUUGUGCACUGGAACUCACUGACCUCGCCUUUGCACAUGCCCUGGAUGGCCCCUGGGCGCCCUCGGACAGCAUACUCUUUGUGUGUAGCCAUAGCGGCCACAUCCUGGAGAUUGACCAUCAGCGCAUGGCUGUGCAGCACAUCCGCCGCUUGCUGCCCACACAGUCCCCUGGGGUUCCGCUCACUGAGAAGCAGAACUUCAGCUUGGGGUCCGGCAUUGCCAUCAGCAGCCUCAGUGUCUCUCCUGCCACAUGUGCUGUGGGCUCAGAGGAUGGCUACCUGCGACUCUGGCCCCUGGACUUUUCCUCAGUGCUCCUAGAGGCUGAACAUGACGGCCCUGUGAGUUCAGUCUCCUUUAGUCCCGAUGGCCUGCGGGUGCUGUCCACCACUACUUCAGGACACCUGGGCUUCCUUGAUGUCCCCUCCCGGGAGUAUACUGUGCUGGCACGCUCCCACAUGGCACCAGUGCUGGCGCUUUCUACAGAACAGAACCGGAGACAGUUGGCCACUGUGUCCUUUGACCACACUGUCCGUAUUUGGGACCUGACUACCCUCCAACAGCUGUAUGACUUCUCGUCCUCUGAGGAAACCCCUUGUGCUGUUGCUUUCCACCCCACACUGCCAAACUUCUUCUGUGGCUUCAUCAGUGGGGCUGUGCGCUCCUUCAGCUUGGAGAACUCUGGAGUCCUAGUAGAACACACGCGUCACCGAGGGGCCAUCACCAGCCUGGUCAUCACCCCUGACGGCAGAUUCCUGUUCAGCUCCUGCUCUCAGGGCUCCCUGGUCCAGUACAACUGUGCUGUCUCCCGAUGCUGCGUCCUACGUGUGGCAGCCAACAUGGUAUGUCAGGAUGGCGGCCACAACCCCAAUAUCCUGGCAGUCAGUGGAGACAGCUGCCGGCUGGCCUUUGUGGGCCCCUCUAAGUGCAUGGUGACAGUCAUGGAGUCAGUCUCCUUGGACGAGCUACUACAUGUUGAUAUCAGCACCCUCAACCUGGCCAGCAACCACCUGGACUGGGCUGUGGCCGUCUGCUUCAGCCCUGGGGACUCAGACCAUCUGCUGGUGUCUACAUCCUCUAACAAGGUUGUGGUACUGGAUGCUGUGUCGGGACACACUAUCCGGAAGUUUUCCAGUGUCCGCUCCAGAGCCUGCUCCUCCCUGGCUCUUAGUGAGGAUGCUCGUUUGCUGCUGGCAGCCACUGGCCGGACCAUUACAGUGUGGGAUUAUCCAACACAGGCGAACCCCAGCUGCCAGGUUUACAUUGGCCACUCAGAGCCUGUGCGUGUUGUAGCCUUCACCCCUGAUCAGCAGCAGGUCCUCAGCGCGGGGGAUGCCAUCUUCCUCUGGGACGUCCUGGCCACCCCUGAGAGUGACCAAAGUGAACCUGGGGCACCUGCAGUCCAUGAGGCUGGCUCCAGUGUAGGACAGCUGGAGGACCUGGCAUCUGGGGCCAGUGGACUCCCUCGGCAGCAAGUGCCCAUACCAUCUCAGGCAUCACCACCCCCACUGAGUAUCCAUGACAGACCCCUCGAAGGCAGUGCUGGCACCUUUUCCUUUUCCACAUCGGAUGAGGAAGGGCUCUGUGAGGAGAACCAUGAUGUUUCUGAGGCAUUCCUCCAAGCCCAGGCACCGACCCCACCUGUGCUUGGAGAGGGAGAAGCCAGUGGAGCUGGGGAUGGUCCUCGGGAGACUGAAAAGGGUUCUUGGGCACCAGCUGUAGUUCAUCAUAGCCAGACAAGUGAAUGGAGCCUUCGGAGAGUAAAGACUGGGCUCCCAACCCGUCCAGAUUCCUACAAACACUUCACAGCUCGAUAUAAGGCCUCUACACGGGUCAAGAGUGUCUCCUACCCUCCUGUUGGCAGGGAGCAGCUGCGACUGAAGACUGUUGUGGGCUACAAUGGAAACGGGCGGGCCAACAUGGUCUGGAGGCCCAAUACAGGCUUCUUUGCCUACACAUGUGGUCGACUGGUGGUGGUGGAGGACCUGCAUUCUGGCACCCAGCGACACUGGCUUGGCCACCCCCAAGAGAUCUCUACUCUGGCGCUCAACCAGGAUGGCCAGGUCCUGGCCUCUGCCUCCUGCUGUGGCGGCACAGCUGCCCUCUGCCAGAUCCGCAUUUGGGAUGUCCCUAAGGGCGUCUGUCAGCACCUCCUUUCCCACCAUGACACAGCUGUGCAGGCUCUGACCUUCUCCCCCGAUGAUGAGUUCCUUUUGACCCUGGGGGACUAUGCUGACCUCACCCUUGCCCUGUGGAGUAUGGCUACCUAUGAACUCCUGUCAUCCACUCGCCUCCCAGAGCCUGUGCAUGGGGUAGCCUUCAACCCCUGGGAUGCCAAUGAACUCAUCUGUGUGGGCACAAGUGCCAUUACCUUCUGGCUCCUACAGCACCAUGGGACAGAUACCAGCUUCCAGGUACAUCGGGAACCAGUCCCUGAGGAAUUGGGGGCUUCUGAGUUGACCUCACUCUGCUACGGGGCCAGCCCCCUGCUCUACUGUGGCUCCAGCUCUGGCCAGGUCUGUGUCUGGGACACUGGCACUGGCCGCUGCUUCCUGGCCUGGGAGGCUGAUGAAGGCGAGAUUGGAGUGCUGCUGUGCUCGGGUUCAAGACUGGUCAGUGGCAGUAACACAAGAAGGCUGCGUCUUUGGGCUGUGGGCAUUGUGCCAGAGCUGAGGCGCAAGGGUUCAAGUGCCAGAUCCAGUUCUGUGUUCAUGGAGCGUGAGCUGACCCUGGAUGGGGCUGUUGUGAGUGCCAGCUUUGACAGUAGCAUGGAUAUGGGUGUAGUGGGCACCACAGCUGGCACACUCUGGUACAUCAGCUGGACAGAGGGCACUAGCACCCGCCUCAUCAGUGGCCACAGGAGCAAGGUGAAUGAGGUGGUCUUCAGCCCCAGCGAGUCUCACUGUGCCACCUGUGGCGAGGAUGGGAGCGUGAGGGUGUGGUCUUUGGCCAGCAUGGAGUUGGUGAUCCAGUUCCAAGUGCUGAACCAGAGCUGCCUCUGCCUUGCGUGGACCCCCCCAUCCUGUGGACACCGAGAGCAGCAGCAGGUGGUGGCAGGCUACAGUGAUGGCACACUUCGAGUCUUCAGCAUCUCUCGCACUGCAAUGGAGCUCAAGAUGCACCCCCACCGGACUGCUCUGACAGCCAUUGCCUUCUCCACUGAUGGUCAGACCAUCCUAUCUGGAGACAAGGAUGGACUUGUGGCUAUAAGCCGCCCCUGCACAGGAAUGACCUUCCGUGUACUCAGUGACCACCAGGGUGCUCCAAUCUCUGCUAUCCAGAGCACAAGCAAAGAGUAUGGAGACCUAGGGGUAGAGGGUGCUGACCUAUGGCUGGCUGCGAGCGGGGACCAGCGGGUCAGCAUCUGGGCCUCUGACUGGCUGCAGGACCGCUGUGAACUCUUGGAGUGGUUGAGUUUUCCUGCACCUGCCACCUCAGAGACUUUAGGCCUCCUGCCCCCCUCUCUUGCUGCCUUCUGCCCUUGGGAUAGGGCGAUAUUGGUGUGCGUGGGCCUUGGUGCACAUGAAGAGGUGGUCUUUUACAGCCUCCGCCAAAAGCAGGUAGUGCAGAAGACACCGCUGCCCUUCUUUGCCAUGUCGUUGAGCCUGUCCCCAGGGGCCCAGCUCAUGGUGGUUGGAUUUGCUGAAUGCAUGCUGAGGCUCCUAGACUGUGUGUCAGGGACUGCCCAGGACUUUGAAGGCCAUGAUGACUCAGUACACCUGUGUAGGUUCACCCCAUCUGGCAGACUGCUCUUCACAGCUGCACACAAUGAGAUCCUGGUGUGGGAAGUCACCAGCCCUGAACUCUUGCUAGGAACAUAGGCUGCGGAUUGCUGCAUGCUGAACCAGGAUGGCUGGGACAGACUUCAGAACUACACUGUUUUGAAUGUGUGAGGACAUGGAUUUGAUCCCCAGAGCCAUUCCAGAACACACAAAAGACAGCAUACUGGGAAGGUUUUUCACACAAAGGUUGUUUUAUUGUUUUUAUUUUGUACAGUUUAAAUAAAUAAAAGCUGGCAUUUGUUAUAUCGA